GUUGGAAAAAGGUAAAUUUUGUGGCUAUCCUUUCACCAUCACCCUACGUGCAAACAAUUAUCUUCCUCAUCUCUCUCUUUCGUCCCUCACUAGAGCCCUUGAACAUGAGAAUCCUUGCAAUUCUUUUGUGCUUGAGCCUGGGUUAUUUGGUGCCACGCCAAGUUGAUGCUCAGGCGCAGAUUGAUCCCGCAGACGGGUUCACAUCGCUUCCGCUGAAUCAAUCCAACUUCCAAGUGCAAAGGCCGUACGACGUGCCGGUAGAUCAGAGAUACAGCUUCGAAGAUGGAGUUCACAAGCUGUGGGUGUUCGACACCGACAAGCCUCACACCCCCACAAGCCAAACCGAGCCGCGCACCGAAAUCCGUAUAAGGGGAUAUGACUAUUCCUCCGGAGUGUGGCAAUUCGAAGGGCAAGGAUACGUGCCAGGCGGAACGUCUGGCGUCUGCAUCAUGCAAAUAUUCGGGGCUGUCGGUCAUACCACAACCUCCAUGCUCCGGGUCUACAAUGGCACGUUGUAUUACUACAGAAGCCAAGUCUUGGUCGAGAACAUCUACAACAAAUGGUUCAAGCUCAACGUGAUACAUGACGUCGGCGACUCCAAUGUGAAGAUCUACAUGGAUGACCAACUCAGGUAUGAGGUUCCGGACCGCGGUGGGGAUUUGCACUAUUUCAAGUUCGGGGUUUAUGCUCAAGAUAAUUCCUCUCACUGCAUGGAGUCACGUUGGAAGGAUGUCAAGGUUCUCAAGAAAAAUUAAGUGAAAUGAUGGCUU